CAUAUCAAGCGGUAUUGACUCUAUAUCAUAUGACUGCGAUUCGACAUCGUUUGAAGAUGCGUCUUAAGAGUUAUAUAUACAUUUUCCUGUCUCUCUCUGUUGUCUCCGGGGGAAAGCAGGACUUUGCUGUGAACGUCAACAAUGACGGCACCUACAACGUCGUUGUUCAGGGAGACGUGUGGCUGAAGAGCGCUCCUACCUUCUUCAGAGCUGAUGGUCAAGUGUUCUCCUCUGCUGAUGGAUCUCUGAAGCUGGUCAAGAACACUCAGUCUAGUGGUGUGGACGUCAUCGGGCAGUGGGAGGCCAACAGCUUCUUGUACCAGGCAGGGUCCAGUCAGAUCGAGGCCAGCUUUGUACAGUACACACCAGAUCCAAGCAUAUUCACCUACAACAAUCCCGCUUUACCGUUCAUAUUGUUCAAACAGCGUUACAUCAAUGGAGCAAACAACACCGCCUCCAACAGCAGUGACCUCACCAUUGCUGGCUUCCCUGGGUUUCUACUUCAAGAACCAACCAUUCCGUUGGGAUACCUUGGUUACGCUGGGCUGAUGUUUGGUAGUCAGGGUCUCAAGGCUGGACAAUUGGGACCAUCGUCAUUUCAAAUAGACGACGGGCUUGAGAGUGGGCCGUUAGCCAUAUUUGAUCGACUGAAGACUGCAAAUACCCUGAUUAUCUCCCCUGCAAGUCGGUUCAUGUCGUCAUCAAUAUGGCGUCAGAACGCCAGCACUGGUGGAGACAACGUCUACUGGGGCACAAUGGGCGGUGUGGAAAACGUCCCUCUUGGUGUGGAAACCAGUUUUAUCCUGUUCUGUGGUAACAAAGGUAUCAACAAGGCCUUUGUGAGUUGGGGUCAAAUUUUGCAAAGAUGGCACGGGCGAACUGACCAGUUUGUCAAGUCCGACUUCUCGAUCAAUUACCUGGGAUACUGGACAGACAAUGGAGCAUAUUACUACAAUCUGAAGGAGAAGGGAAAGAACUACCAGGACACAGUGCUUGACAUCAAGACCUACAUUGGGCAGAUCGGGGUACCCGUCAGGUACAUCCAGUAUGACGCAUGGUGGUAUCACUAUGACAACGACCAUGGGAUUAUCACGUGGUCAGCUCAACCAAGCGUCUUCCCCAAUGGAAUGCAGUGGCUUUAUAACAAGACACAGUAUCCCGUCGUAGCCCACAGCAUGUUCUGGUCCGCCAAUACAACAUAUGCAACUACUAACGGGGGCAAAUAUAAGUUCCUGAUGGACGGUCACAAGGCAGUACCAUUGGAAGAGAGAUUUUGGACUGAUCUGCUCGCUAAUGCAAGGAAAUGGGGUCUCUUUGUCUACGAACAGGAUUACCUCGAUGAUGAAUUUACCCAAAUCCAAACAUUCCUGACUGACAUUGACCUUGGCCGCCAAUGGCUGACUCAGAUGGGGAAUGGGGCUGCAAAGAACGGGCUGACCAUACAGUACUGCAUGUCCUACCCACGACAUAUGCUGCAGUCUCUGGAAAUACCUGUCGUCACACAGUCCCGUGCAAGCUUUGAUUACCAUCCAGGUUCGACCAAUUGGAGAAUAGGAGUCUCGUCACUGUUUGCCUGGGCUAUAGGCGUCACGCCUUUCAAGGACAAUUUUUGGACAACGACCGUUCAACCCGGAAAUGCAUACAAUUCCACAGAACCGUACACGUCUCUGAAUGCUGUGAUUGCAACCUUAAGUACAGGCCCAGUAGGAAUAAGUGACAUGAUUGGGCAUAUGAACAAGACACUUAUCAUGAAGUCUGUAAAUGCUGACGGCCUGAUCUUGAAACCAUCACGACCGGCGACUGCAAUUGACAACCAGUUACGGAGGAUGGCUUGGACGGACUUUGAUGGUCCUGAUGGGGAGUUGUGGUCCACAUAUUCAGAUUUUGGUGGAAAGAACAAGUACGGUAUCGUCUUGGCUGCUGAUCUAAGGGCAAGCUACAACAUGACACCGUGCAUGGCUGGAUAUCAAGGGUUUCCUAGCUCCAUGGUUUUCCCAGCCAAUAAUCCCAACAAACUUCAGCCCUUGACAGACCCCCAGCCCCUGGCAUUGAGCACCAACUGUACCAAGGCUGACUUCUGUCUCUUCUAUGUAUCACCUGUACUGACAAUCAAUGGCAAACAAGUUCUCAUCCAGGGUGAGUUAGACAAGUGGGUGCCCAUGUCACCCCAGAGAGUGACGGACAUCAACAUUGCCGAUGACAUCACCAUCAGCCUCACUGGAGCUGCCCACGAAACUGUCUCCUUCUGGUUCAACGUGGAUGGUAAAUCUUCAUCUGUGACCUGUACCCUCGGAGCAGGAGGACUAGCCACCCUUAGUUUCACAGCAGGCUCAUGUCGUGGUGUUUAACGAACUUUGAAAAUAGCACUUCAAAAAAACGCUGGUCGUUGGAAUACCUCGCCAUCGCCAUAUAUACUUUCAAUAUAUAAAAUUGCUCAUUUUAUACGAAGGUUGCUUUCCCCUGAGUGCAAGUGAAUAAACAUUGUAUAAACAUU